CUCCCAGCCCAGCCAUGGCAUCCCUGCUGCCCAUCCGGACCUUGCCCUUGAUUCUGAUUCUGCUGGCUGUGAUGGCCCCAGGAGCUGCAGUGGACUUCAACAUCUCAAGCCUCUCUGGUCUGCUGUCGCCGGCACUAACGGAGAGCCUGCUAGUUGCCUUGCCCCCGUGUCACCUCACAGGGGGCAACGCCACACUGAUGGUCCGGAGAGCCAACGACAGCAAAGUGGUGAAAUCUAGCUUUGUGGUGCCUCCAUGCCGUGGGCGCAGGGAGCUGGUGAGUGUGGUGGACAGUGGAGCCGGCUUCACAGUCACCCGGCUCAGUGCAUACCAGGUGACAAACCUCGUGCCAGGAACCAAAUACUACAUUUCCUACCUAGUGACAAAGGGGGCAUCCACUGAGUCCAGUAGAGAGAUCCCAAUGUCCACGCUUCCUCGAAGGAAGCUGGAAUCCAUUGGGCUGGGAAUGGCCCGGACAGGGGGCAUGGUGGUCAUCACAGUGCUGCUCUCUGUCGCCAUGUUCCUGCUGGUCAUAGGCUUCAUCAUCGCCCUGGCACUGGGCACCCGAAAGUGAGGCAGUCGGCGCGAGGCAGCAGCCUCCUCUGGGAAGUGCAGGGCACUGUCAGUGUCCCCAGCCCACAGCUUUGCCUUUUGCUCCCACCUCCCCUCCUGGAAAGAUUGCCUGCUCCCAGGUGUCAGUCACCAGGCUUUGGCUCCUUCAGGGCCUUCAUGUCCUCUCCCUGCCUCCUCUCUCCUGGAGCCCUUUCCUCCCACUGUCCCUCUCCUUGUCCCCUAACGCCUCCCCUCCCCACAACACUCCCUGUUAUUCCCCUCACCCCACUCCUAUCAGAAUUGAUUCUCUUCCCAUUUCACCACUUUAACCAACCCCACCCGCCAACAA